AUGACCACUUAUUAUCCUUCUCAAGCUGGCUAUGCCACCACCCAGCCCAUGGUCGCCCAACCGAUGGUUGGCUAUCCCGCCACGGCGGGAUAUGGCCAGUAUGGGAUGGCGGGCAGCUACGCUCAACCUGGCGGUGUUAUGGUCCAGCCGCAAGUUGCCACCACCAUGGGCACACCUAUGGUCGUCCAACCCACCUAUGCCACUGGCCAUAGUGGAUAUGGGCAUCACUAUAACCACUUCUCGAUCGGCGCGCGCUUGCGUCGUUUCUUCGGCCUCGCUCCUUCUAACGGUGUCAGAUAUAAAUCUGACCGUGGUACCUGGGGGUUCAUGGGAUACUCGCGUCGUCAACGAUACAUGGACCCACGAACAGGCGGAGAGGUUGACCGACACGGUCGACCAGUGUACAGGGUGUAA